CAUACACAGGCUCGCACUUGCGUGGCGAGAGUUUAUGCGCAAAACUGGCAAUAGAUCAGGGUUCCUGCAGCUGCGCGUCUCUUACGAUCACAAGCCUGCCUUAGACUAAGCUAUCGCUGGCAAGUAAAGCCUUCCACAUCGCACUGCUCUCAGCUCUGCUCCUCACCCGCUCGGGGCUCCUGCUAUUCAUUUUUCUCUCAGAAGCUCAAAAGCAGCUAUUCUCCAAGUCAGCUCAUCUUAAAUUUGAACAUUCUCCUGUUCCUGUCUCAAGAGUCAAGUGCACUCAGAAGAACUCUUUAAAUAGCUUGUGGUUUAGUCCGUCAUUCUGCUACCAGAUCAGCAACUGCAACUGCGACUGAAACUACAAACGCCGUCGAUGGCUGCCGACGAGACAUCACUUGCUACGCUGAGGCCAAAACCCUCUCUUGCUACCACUGCGCAAUAUCUUAGGGCAUGGCGCAAAUAUGUUGAAAAGAUCGACAGAUUUGUGGGAGACACUGUUACCGGAGAUUACUUGCCAAACGACUUCUUCAUCGUCCGCGUCGUCAGAGACAAGGAGGAGGGCGCAUGGUAUUGGUAUUAUCCUGAUUCUCUAGUGCCGAACCACAACAAUCGAGUCUCUUUUAAAAGCCUUUUGGACGAGGUAUUAUUUCCGGAGUCAGCACAUACGCAGCUCGACAAGAUUCAGCGAGCCGAGGUAAGGCCAAAGGAUGACAAGAUACAUGAUUGACAAGCAUAUAGCGUAUCAACGACAUCUACACUCAGCGACCUCAUCUCGAUGAGACCACGUUAACCGUUGGUGAUUUUGCU